AUGCCUACCAGAUUCUCGAAGACAAGGAAGCACCGCGGCCAUGUUUCCGCCGGUUAUGGUCGCAUUGGCAAGCACCGCAAGCAUCCCGGAGGUCGCGGUAUGGCUGGUGGUCAGCAUCACCACCGAACCAAUCUCGACAAAUACCACCCAGGUUACUUUGGAAAGGUCGGAAUGAGAUAUUUCCACAAGUCGAUGAACCAGUUCUGGAAACCAACGAUCAAUUUAGACAAGCUGUGGUCCUUGGUUCCUGCGGAAACGCGCGACGCCUACGUGAGCCAGCAAAAGCCUGAUACCGCCCCUGUUCUCGAUCUCCUCUCCCUCGGAUACUCCAAGGUGUUGGGCAAGGGCAGACUUCCAGAGAUUCCAAUGGUUGUCCGAGCACGCUACGUAAGCAAGGAAGCUGAGCGAAAGAUCAAGGAAGCUGGCGGUGUUGUUGAGUUGGUGGCAUAA